AAUAAUAAUAAUCAGCCCCCUAAAUCCCUACCUUACGUCCGCGUCGAACAUCAGACCACGUGGGGGGCGGACACGUAUACAAUCGAAACUUAUACGGCUAACAAGGCAAAGGUAACCCAUUAACAUGGAGACUCGUUCAAAAAGUAAACGUAUAGGGCCGCUGCCCGGGGGCGAUCGCCGGGGCACACCUGGAGCUGACGCUGGGUGUCACAGCAUGCGAACCGUCAGCGGUGAGGAGUUGAACAGGCGGGCUCCCACCGACAAAGAUACUACAGCCGAUAUCAGUGACGAUGGUGACAGACCUACAGACCGUACAGACACUCCAAUAGAACCAUUUAGUCCUAGUACCAUCUCUUACACACCCUCAAGAGCAUCAUCACCAUCAAUACCAUCGUCACCUCCCACACACUCAUCACCCCCUAAUCCUACUAUCAGAUACUAUCCACCACAACCAGCCUUGAAUGUUGCGCGGGGGGCAAGUGCCUUCUUGCCCGCGUCCACCAAGGCUGGAAAACCAAGAGUUCGCAUGAGAUGGAGCAAAGAAGUAAACACCUUUAUCAUGCGAACUUACCUUUACAUCACUAAAUUAGAAACAGAUUUAACGACCUACAGACAACAAUUGCAUGAACUUUUUACACGACAAUACCCAGAAAUAAAUGUCACAGAGCAACGCGUUUCAGAUCAACGACGGGCUAUAGUUAGGAAUAAACUCCUAUCACCGGAAAUUAUAGAUCAAUUAAGAGAGGAAGUGCGGGCGCAGCUAGAGGACUUGAAUAAUCCGAUGAUAGAAACCCAUCCAACCGCAGAAAACACCACACAAGUACAAACACACUCACCCAUUCAAUCGCAAUAUAGCACACAAUCACCUUACAUCCAUUCACAACCAUACGCACAAAGCACACAUACAUCCACACAAACUGAAAACAUAACCAUUACAUUAGAAAAUGACAUUGAUACAAUUGAAAAUUCUCAUCAAAAUCAGUUGGCAGACACACAAAUACAAGAAAUACAUGAUAAAUUCAAAACUGCACUAACACAAUACUCUGGUAUGGAUCCAACAGUCCGACCUAAGCUCCCUAAACUUAAAUAUACACCAAAACUUACUCACUUAGUACAUAUAUUUAAUACUACCAUAUUACACCAAUAUAUAACCGAAAACACGAAACUUGUAGAUGUACACACACUUAUAUAUUGCACAGCGUUAGUUAUAUCGGAAGAACUUAAUUAUACAAUUACAGACCACACUGGUAUCGUAAGACUAAGAACAGCAAAUAAACCACCAUGGCAACAAAGACUCGAAAGAGAUAUAGAAAAAUUACGAGCCGACUGCGGUAGACUAACGCAAUAUAUAAAUAACAAUAGAUCCAACAGAGUAGUUAAAAGAGUCGAAGCCAUAUUCUUAAGUAUGGCCACACACACCAGACACGAAAACGAUAACAAAAAACCAGAAGAAUUUUUAGAUACAUUAAAGCAAAAGCUCGCAUUAAAAGUACAUAGGCUAAAGCGGUAUAAAAAGGCACAAGAGCGCAAAAAUGACAACGCUACGUUUGCCACCAAUGAAAAGACCUUCUAUAGAAACUUAUACAAACCACAAACAGACACAACAACUGACACUAACACAGAACUACCAACAACAGAACAACUCGAGAAUUUCUGGUCUAGUAUUUGGGAAGAACAAAUACAACACAAUGAUAAAGCUAGAUGGAUAGCAGAGGAAGAAAUCAAAUGUAGUGCCAUAGACGAAAUGGCGUUCACUGAAAUUUCUGAAUCUGAUAUUAGUAACACUACAGCUAAACUACACAAUUGGAAAUCACCUGGCAUAGAUAAGAUACACAAUUUUUGGUAUAAAAAAUUACACUCAUUACAUAAAAUUAUUGCAAAGAAUUUAACGGAGAUAGUCCUAAGUCAACAAAAUAUACCUGAAUUCAUCGCAACUGGAAUAACUUACAUGCUACCAAAGUCCCAAUACACAUCACAACCUUCCCAAUACAGACCAAUCACAUGCCUUCCCACAAUUUACAAAAUACUUACAUCAGCAAUCACACACAAAAUCACCAAACACAUAGAACACCACAAUAUAAUAGCUGAAGAACAAAAAGGAUGCAGACGAGGACACAUGGGCUGCAAGGAACAAUUAGUUAUAGAUUCAAUAAUACACAAACAUGCCACCACAAAAAACAGAAAUCUACAUUGUACCUACAUAGAUUAUAAAAAAGCUUUUGACAGUAUACCUCACUCAUGGUUAAUCCAAAUCCUACAGAUCUAUAAAAUUAACCCAAAAAUAAUACACUUCUUGCAAAACAUCAUGGCCCACUGGAAAACCACACUACAAUUACAUCACCACAAUGACACUAUCACAACACGACAGAUACUCAUAAAGAAAGGGAUUUAUCAGGGUGAUUCCCUGAGCCCAUUAUGGUUCUGUCUAGCACUGAACCCUUUAUCUACUCUACUCCACAACUGCCACGCCGGAUAUAAUCUUAAACACACCACAACAGAUGAAACCACUAUUUCUCAUCUCAUAUACAUGGAUGAUAUAAAAUUAUACACCAAAACAGAAAAAGAAAUGAGAAAACUAAUAGACACUACAACAGAAUUUAGUACAGAUAUCAACAUGCAAUUUGGUUUCGACAAAUGCAAGACACUCCACAUAAUUAGAGGCAAAGUUAAACCUGGAGACUACACAAUUAACACAACAGACACAACCAACACAACAGAAACAAUUAACACAACAGACACAACCGAUACAACAGACAGAACUAACACAACAGACACCAUCACGGCCAUGGAACCUACAGAUUUAUACAAAUAUUUAGGAUACAAGCAGCUUAAAGGAUUGGACCAUACAGCUAUAAAACACACAUUGACCACAGAAUAUAAACGGAGAGUCACUGCAGUAUGCAAAACACAACUUACUGGAAAGCACCUUAUCAAAGCACUAAACACCUAUGCGAUCCCCAUACUCACCUACUCAUUUGGAGUUAUCAAAUGGUCCAAAACAGACAUACUGCAAUUAGAACGAACAACUCGCACCACACUUACCAAACACAACAACCUACACCCUAAAUCUGCAAUAGAAAGACUCACCAUCAAACGCCAAAAUGGAGGGAGAGGCCUUAUAGACAUUCACCAUCUUUGGCAAAAACAAAUCAGUAGGCUCAAAGCAUUCUUCAUCACCAAAUCUAACACUAGCGAUAUUCAUAAAGCAGUAUCUCUAAACGACCACAACUACACUCCACUCAACCUACACGAACAAACUGACACACAACAUAACAACACUACUGACCCACAAUCACAAAAAAUAGAGGACUGGAAGAAGAAAGUUCUUCACGGAAGGCACCCACACGACCUGGAACAACCACACAUUGACACAACAGCCUCAAAUAAAUUUCUGAAAAUCGGCAGCCUAUUCCCAGAAACCGAAGGCUUUAUCAUUGCGAUACAAGACCAAAUCAUCAACACCAAAAACUACAGGAAGUACAUUAUAAAAGACCCCACAGCAACCAACGACAAAUGCCGCAAAUGCCACACACAACCAGAAACCAUACAACACAUCACAGGGGCAUGCACAACACUCACACAGACAGACUACACUCACAGACACAACCAGGUCGCAAACAUUAUUCACCAAAAACUAGCACUCAAACACAAACUCAUACAAGACACAAACACACCAUACUACAAAUAUACACCACAAACCAUUUUAGAAAACACCACACAUAAACUCUACUACGACCGCGCUAUUCUCACCGACAGGACAAUACACUACAACAGACCAGACAUAACACUUCAGGACAAAAUCAACAAAAUCACUUACCUCAUAGACAUAGCAGUACCCAACACACAUAAUUUGCAAAAAACAAUAGGCGAGAAAAUAAGUAAAUAUGCAGAACUUAAAGACGAAGUCACCAGAAUCUGGCGACAAGACAAAGUGUAUGUAAUACCUAUAGUCCUCUCCACCACGGGUGUCAUACCGAAUCACCUUCACCAUAGCCUCAAAUUAAUUGAUCUGAAAGACUCCACCUACAUUCUUCUCCAGAAAGCCGCAAUUCUCAACACCUGUCGUAUCGUCAGAAAGUUCAUGCAGUUGGAUGAACAUGGCAUAACACCACACACACAGUAAAUACACACUACACACUACAUUUACUUGGCACCCGCCCGUAAAUGUAGUCAAAACUGGCCAAAAGGCUAAGAAACAGAAAUGUUUACCCCAAAA